CAUCACCAUCAGUCAUCAGUCAGUCAUUGUUUCUAACGUGGAUUCAAUAACUGUGGUUAUAAUAACAGGUUAGGAUCCUGCUAGGUAGUCUUGGUAACAUAUUUUUUCGAUUAUGAGCGAAGAAGUGAAAGUUGUCACAGAAAAUGGGGAUGUUGAGCCUCCAAAAACGGCCAAACAGCUCGAAAAGGAAGCAAAAAAGCAGGCGAAAUUGGACAAACUAAAACAAAAAUUGGAAAAGAAACAAACUACUGCUCCUAAAAAAGAUAAUGAGAAAAAGGAAAAAAAGAAAGAAUUCAAGGAAGCUGCUGUUUACACUUCAAAUACCCCUGAAGGUACAAAAAAAAAUAUUUCGGACUCAUUACCUGACUCCUACAGCCCUAAGUAUGUUGAAGCUGCUUGGUAUACUUGGUGGGAAAAGAGCGGUUUUUUCAAGCCAGAAUAUGGAAAAAAAUCCAUAAGUGACCCAUGUCCUAAGGGAAAAUUCGUUAUCAUUAUUCCUCCACCAAAUGUUACUGGAACCUUACAUUUAGGUCAUGCCUUAACUAAUGCUAUCCAAGAUUCAAUUGUGAGAUGGCACAGAAUGAAAGGACAAAUGACAUUAUGGAAUCCAGGUUGUGAUCAUGCGGGUAUUGCUACACAGGUGGUUGUUGAGAAAAAACUAUGGAAAGAAGAAAAGAAAACAAGACAUGACCUAGGAAGAGACGAAUUCCUGAAAAAAAUAUGGAAAUGGAAGCAGGAAAAAGGGGAUAGAAUUUACCACCAAUUAAAGAAAAUGGGUUCCUCUUACGAUUGGGAUAGAGCAGCUUUUACAAUGGAUCCUAAAUUAUGCAAGGCUGUGAUAGAAGCUUUUGUGAGAUUACAUGAUGAGGGUAUAAUAUAUAGAGCUAAUCGCUUGGUGAAUUGGUCUUGUACUCUGAAAUCCGCAAUUUCUGAAAUAGAGGUGGAUAAAAUGGAAAUUCCUGGUAGAACUUUCAUAUCUGUACCUGGUUAUACAGAAAAAGUUGAAUUUGGUGUUAUAGUAUCUUUUGCUUAUUGUGUUGAUGGAACUGAUGAAAAGGUAGUAGUGGCAACAACUCGUAUAGAAACCAUGCUUGGAGAUACAGCUGUUGCUGUCCAUCCAGAUGAUGAAAGAUACAAACAUCUCCAUGGUAAAUUUGUAGUCCAUCCAUUCUGCAACCGUAAAAUUCCUAUUGUUGCUGAUUCAUAUGUCGAUAAAGAUUUUGGUACUGGCGCUGUCAAAAUCACACCUGCUCAUGACCCUAAUGAUUACGAAGUUGGACAAAGGCAUAAUUUACCGUUCAUAACAAUUUUCAAUGAUCAGGGAGAGAUAUGUGGCGAAUAUGGAAAAUUCACUGGUAUGAAACGUUUCGAUGCUAGGAAAGCUAUUCUGGAGGCCCUAAAAGAAAAAGGCCUUUAUGUAGAAACCAAAAAUAAUCCUAUGGUAGUACCUAUAUGCAGUAGAAGUAAAGAUAUUGUUGAGCCCAUGUUGAAGCCUCAAUGGUAUGUCAAAUGUGAAGAGAUGGCUUCGAAGGCCAUUGAAGCUGUCAACUCUGGUGAAUUGAAGAUAAUUCCUGAAAUGCAUGUUAAAACUUGGCAUCAUUGGAUGGAGGGUCUUCAUGAUUGGUGCAUUUCCAGACAAUUAUGGUGGGGACAUAGGAUACCAGCCUAUACUGUUACUUUCAAGUCCAAACCAGAAGGAGUUGGUGAGUCAGAGAUAUGGGUAUCUGGUAGAACAGAACAAGAAGCACUGGAAAAAGCUCAGGCAAAAUUCUCAACAUCAGCAGACAAUAUAAUAUUGACUCAAGAUGAAGAUGUGCUGGAUACUUGGUUCUCCUCUGGUUUAUUCCCAUUCUCAAUCUUUGGAUGGCCAGAUCAAACUGAAGAUCUCAAUGUAUUCUACCCCACAUCUUUGUUGGAAACUGGUCAUGAUAUCCUCUUUUUCUGGGUGGCAAGAAUGGUAUUUUUCGGUCAAAAAUUGCUGGGAAAGUUACCAUUCAGGGAAGUCUAUCUCCAUCCAAUUAUAAGAGAUGCACAUGGUCGUAAAAUGAGCAAGUCGCUUGGAAAUGUGAUUGAUCCUAUGGAUGUAAUCAACGGAAUCACUCUGGAGGGAUUGCACAUGCAACUCGCUGAUGGUAAUUUAGAUGCUCGAGAAGUGGAAAAGGCUAAGGCUGGUCAGAAGCAAGAUUUCCCUGAAGGAAUUCCUGAAUGUGGUACAGAUGCCUUGAGGUUUGCUCUUUGUGCUAUGUGUAGAGGACGAGAUAUAAACUUGGACAUUCUUAGGGUGCAGGGAUACAGAUUUUUCUGUAACAAAUUAUGGAAUGCCACUCGUUUUGCUUUGACCUAUCUUGCAAAUGACUUUGUGGCCCCUGAGAACAAUUCCUUCAUGGGUAACGAAAGUUUAAUGGAUCUAUGGAUAUUAAGUAGGCUUGCAGCAGCGGCACAAGACGCCAAUAAAGGUUUUGAAACUUAUGACUUCUCUCUAGUAACUAAUUCAACAUACAAUGUGUGGCUGUAUGAAAUUUGUGAUGUUUAUUUGGAAUGUCUCAAACCAGUGUUUUCUGGAUCAGAUGAAGCUGCCAAGAAAACAGCUUGUGUGACUCUUUACAGAGCAUUAGAAGUAGCUCUUCGUUUGCUGUCUCCUUUUAUGCCUUUCAUAACUGAAGAACUUUAUCAGAGAUUGCCAAGACCUUCUUCAUUGAUCGAUCAAAUUCCAAGUAUUUGUGUUGCUCCAUAUCCUGAGGCUGACGAGCUAGGUUGGAGACAAGAAUCUAUCGAAGAAGAUGUUGAAUUUAUUCAACGUGUGGCUAAAGCUAUUAGAUCUGCUAGAAGUGAUUAUAAUUUACCUAAUAAAUCCAAGACGGAAGCUUAUGUAAAAUGUUCGGAUCCUAAAAUUUCUGAUAUUAUAUCAAAAUAUAAUUCACCAUUGUGUACUUUAUCAUACUGUUCCAAAAUUACUAGCAAUGAGGAGGUGCCAGUUGGUUGUACUAUAAUAACAGUUUCUGAUAAAUGUGAAGUGCAUUUACUACUCAAGGGACUUAUUGAGCCUGCAAAGGAAAUAGCUAGAAUUGAAAAGAAGAUGCAAGCCUUACAAGGGACACAAAGUAGUUUGGCAAAAGCUAUGACUGCUGCAGAUUAUUCUACAAAGGUCCCGCAGGAAGUUCAAGAAGCAAAUUCAGAGAAGCUUUCUCAAACAAAAAUUGAACUGGAGAGACUAGAAACAGCCCUUGGAAACCUGAGGCUGAUGGAAUAAGAAAUAACUUCUUAAAUAAGCUUUUUUUAUUUAUUGAUUAUUGUCUAUUUAUUCUAGAUAUGCAUUUCAAUAAAUGUUAAUUUAAUACACAUUAAA